AUUGCUUGGUUCUAGGGGGUGAAGUCACGAGUUAUAUGCUGGAUGCGAUGGGGACGAAGGCGGUGGUUAUGAGUCCCAGAGAAAAAAGUGGAAAGUGGAGUGCGGAGACGGAGAUCGGCCUGAGGCCGCCUUGUCUGUAGCGCAGCAGCCCCGAUGCUCACUUCUCAAUCACCCCAUUCCUUCUCAGGCUUCGUCAUCCUCAUCGAAUCAAUUUCGAUGGGUCCAAUAGUGGCUUCAACCCGAGGGUUGACUGACGGAAGAAUAAUGGAGAAAGACCCCGCAAACGGAGAGAUCGCGUGCAGUUACUCUUUUGGUUAAGGCAAUCGAUAAGGUUAUCGAUGCGGAGGCGAAGGAGCUAGCCUAGUACUUAACCGCGACAUGGCUUGGUUCCUCCGAUGGAACAAGUCGUCAAGUCUUUCGAAAUGUCCUUAUUCAGUCUAUUCCUCGUGUCCUCUGUUGUCGCUCGGGAAAUCGCCUUUCCUCCUGUCGCAGCUGUCCACGGUCCGACGGGCCAAUAUCCCCUCGUCCAUGGCGAUCCGAUUGACAUCACCACGGGCAGCCAAUUCUCGGGCCUGACCACCUUUGCGCAAAUGCCCUAUGUCAAUUGCUUCGUAGAUGCUGAAGCGGAGUCCACGCCUUAUGAUAUUGCAUUCCUGGGGGCUCCUUUCGAUACGGCAGUGACAGGUCGUCCCGGCGCUAGGUUUGGACCUAGCGGCAUCCGACUGGGUAGUCGGAGACUGGGAGGCUGGAGCGUCUACACUGGUUUGAACGCGUUUCAGGACUGGGCCAAUGUGGUGGACUGUGGUGAUGCUCCGCUGACAUGGUUGGAUAAUACGUUUGCGCUGAAGCAGCUCGAUUUGGCGCAUAAGGUUGUCUCGUCUCGUCCAACGAAAGCCACUGAGCAUGGAACGACUCCCCGGAUCAUCACCCUUGGAGGAGACCAUACCACGACACUAUCCGCACUGAGGUCGACAAACCGCCAUUGGGGACCUGUUUCGGUGAUUCAUUUUGACAGCCACAUUGAUACAUGGGAUCCGUCGGUAUUGGGCGGAGGAAUCUCUCACUAUGCUGGUGUCAACCACGGAACCUUUCUCCAUCUCGCCCACGAGGAGGGACUAAUUAGCAACAACUCCAUCCACGUCGGCAUCCGCGCUCCCGUAGUACGUCCACGCGGCGACUACCGCAACGACAUCCGCUGCGGCUUUGAAAUAAUCAAAGCCCGAGACCUGGACCGUCUAGGAGUCGACGGAGUGGUGGAGCAGAUCAAAUCCAGGGUUCAGAAUAGCAGGGUUUACAUCUCUGUCGACAUUGACGUCUUAGACCCGGCAUAUGCACCCGCAACCGGCACUGCUGAGCCGGGCGGAUUCACUACUCGUGAAUUACUCUCCGUACUGGAUUCUCUGCAAGGGCUUCCUGUGAUUGGUGCCGAUGUGGUCGAAGUUGCACCGGCUUAUGACACCGCGGCGGAGACGACCACCCUUGCUGCGGCCGAGGUGGCUCAUUCUCUGCUUUCGCUGAUGGUGGGAACGCCUGUUAUGUGAGCAACUUCCGCUACGGUGGGUUUUGUAGAAGUGAUGGCCCAGUAAUCCUGGCUCUCGUGGAUGAUUUGGUGGGAAAUAUUCGCAUUGAGGAUCUGAGAUCCUUUAAAAGCAAGUAGUCCCUCGACAAACACACAUUUUUUACCCAUCGACUCCAAAGAAAAGCAAGAUAUUUAGGUCUCUCGGGCUAUGAAAGAUAGACAGAAUCGAUUGAAGCGCCAGUAUUUGCCGGACGGUUUUUGUUCUCUACUUGGGUUUGAUGUAACAGUGACAGAGAAUCCCCGCACUACUGAGGCACUUGGGUUCUUUGUUAUAACUUUCCUUUUUGUUUUUGCUCUGUUGGAAAGGAUGUUUCUUUUUUCCGGUUAACAUAUUU